ACCGCGCGGCGCGCGCUCCAGCGCCAAUCGCUCGGAGCUCCUGGCCCGGCGCCGCCGAGCCCGUGAGCCAGGCUCGCCACGAAGGAUGAAUCAGCACCUGCCAAAUUUUUGAGACAGCUCACGGCUUAGAGGAAGGCUCAUCUAAAUAAAGGCCGGCUAAAGUGACAUUGCAGGGACUUAAUCCUUCUCUGGUAGCCCGUGUGACCAGAAGGCUGAUUUGCAAGUUUCUUCUUUCCUGGGGUCCAGAUCAUUGGGUCCCCGGGGCCUGUGACUCGCCAGCAGGAGAAGUGCAAAAUGAAGGAGGUGGGAGCCGAAGGCCAGCAGCAAGGACCUGGGGGCCUCCCUGGGGCUCUCACACACCAGAGUGGAAGAUUCUCGGGCCAUCAAAGGAAAUAGCAAACUGGAGCCUUUGUCCUGGGACGCGGUCACCUACCACAGAGCAUCGGACCGCAUGGGCAGCCAGAAGGUUCCUGGAGCCCGAUCAGGGAAGUGGUUAUGGUAACUGGAUGUGUGUGUGCUGGGACAGUGAGAGCUGGGCAGUGCACUGUGAAGGAAGGUGCGAAAUGUCUGCAGUGAGGGGAGCAGCUCUUGGCUUGGCUGGGCAAGCUCUGCACGCCUGUUCGCCUCCGCCCUCCUCUCCCUGAAGCCACGAGACUACGUGCCUCCGGCAGGCCAGCUGCCAGGGACACGGGGCUCCGGCAGGCCCUAACGCCCCGCACCCACGCCCUGGGCCCUUGGCGCUGCUCCUCACGUGGCCUUCCAUCGGUGCCUCUCGGCCGAGACGGAGAUGUGAGCCUGUGGUGGACGAUGACUGCGGUGUACGCGAAUGGAGGCGGCCUGGUGACACCCCACUAUGCCAGGUGGGAUCGGCGGGAGAGCGUGGAAAGCGGCGGUCCGGGGGAGCGCUGCAAGGACGAGGAGGAGGGGCAGCCCUGUCAGCUGACACCCUUUGAGAAGCUGACACAGGACAUGUCCCAGGAUGAGAAGGUGGUGAGAGAGAUCACGUUGGGGAAACGGAUUGGCUUCUACCGAAUCCGAGGGGAAAUUGGAAGUGGGAACUUUUCCCAAGUCAAGCUCGGGAUUCACUCCCUAACCAAAGAAAAGGUGGCCAUUAAGAUCCUGGACAAGACCAAGUUAGACCAGAAAACCCAACGGCUACUAUCCCGUGAAAUUUCCAGCAUGGAAAAACUGCACCAUCCCAACAUCAUCCGUCUGUACGAAGUUGUGGAGACCCUAUCCAAGCUCCACUUGGUGAUGGAGUAUGCAGGAGGUGGGGAGCUCUUUGGAAAAAUUAGCACAGAAGGGAAGCUCUCGGAGCCGGAAAGCAAGCUCAUCUUCUCCCAGAUUGUGUCUGCCGUGAAGCACAUGCAUGAGAACCAAAUUAUUCAUAGAGACCUGAAGGCAGAAAACGUAUUUUAUACCAAUAAUACUUGUGUGAAGGUGGGUGAUUUUGGAUUCAGCACAGUAAGUAAAAAAGGCGAAAUGCUCAACACUUUCUGCGGGUCGCCUCCGUACGCUGCGCCCGAGCUUUUCCGAGACGAGCAUUAUGUCGGCAUUUAUGUGGACAUCUGGGCCCUGGGGGUGCUCCUGUACUUCAUGGUGACGGGCACCAUGCCCUUUCGGGCAGAGACCGUGGCCAAGCUGAAGAAGAGCAUCCUGGAGGGUGCAUACAGCGUGCCUCCACAUGUGUCCGAGCCCUGCCUCCGCCUCAUCCGCGGCGUCCUCCAGCCCGUACCCACCGACAGGCACGGGAUCGACUCCAUCAUGAACAAUGAGUGGAUGCAAGGGGUGCCCUACCCCACCCCUCUGGAGCCUUUCCAACUGGAUCCCAAACAUUUGUCUGAAACCAGCACCCUUAAAGAAGAAGAAAACGAGGUCAAAAGCACUUUGGAAUAUUUGGGUAUUACAGAAGAGCACAUCCGGAACAGCCACGGGAGAGGAGCCCGGAGCUCCAUCACGGGAGUCUAUCGGAUCAUUUUACACAGAGUCCAAAGGAAAAAGGCUUUGGAAAGUGUCCCGAUAAUGAUACUACCAGACCCUAAAGAAAGGGACCUAAAGAAAGGGUCCCGUGUCUAUAGAGGCAUCAGACACACAUCUAAAUUUUGUUCAAUUUUAUAAAUUGCGUUAAACUGCUGGACAUUAACCAAGAGCAUUGUUGCUGCUUUUAAAUUUUUUCAUGGACAACUUGGGU